UGACUUUUUGUACAGCUUAGGGGCUCUCAAGUUUUGCGGCUGUUCCAACUCUCUAUCUCUCUCUCUCCCUUGUGUUGAUUCUAAACUGGAUAGAAGAGAACCUACCUUCUCAAUUGCUACCUGUCGCACUUGUGCUUCGUGUCACCGCCACGAGGAUCCACUGUGCGGUGUGCCAAGCAGAGGGACGAACAUGAACAGUUGUAUAUGACCAUUUACAUCAGCUUUGGGUAUUGCUUGGAUACUUGUUGUCACAGUGGCUCAUGCUCAGAAGAAGUCGUCUUUCUUCGUCUCUGUUUCUGUUUCUUCUCUCUUUCUGUUUCUCCUGUCUUUCUCUUUCGUCUCUCUGUUCUUGUUGGUCCAACUUAUGGUGUUCUUGCAGGAAUAAUGUGUGGACAUAUGACAUGUCCCUUCCAGAUCACCCUGCCAUUCAUACAAGGAUUGGACUCUCGGAAAAUGCCCAUGGCCGUUGCUGACCAACCAAAAAGACUGCAUGUCUGAUGAUGGACAAAUCUGCAGUUAUAAGGGUUCGAGUAAGCAUGCGGAGAAUAUAUAGGUAAAGCAACGCGGUGAUGCCGUGAGAAA